UAGAAAUCUGGAUACUACUCAAAACAGAUUCUUUCUCUAACAUUUUUCAAAGUGAAUAGCUUUUCUGAAAAUUUGAAUCAAUACAAAAACGUUUAAACCGCUUAAAUCUACAAGAAAAAAUUGUUGAAAGUUAGAUACGAUUUGAUCAAGAAAUUAACCUCUUUAUCAAUUUACCUUCUCGGUAUCACCAUAUUUUUUGUACACAUGUUGAUCUUUGACCGACCGCCUUUUAAUGUAACCUGUACUUAUAACCUUUCUCAACAUUUUAGUAUUAUUUGCUUAAAAUGUUAGACUCCGCAGCGAUUGAGGAUUUUAUAUUAGAUCAGAAAAAAUAUGAAGAAAAUAUCCCUUAUGAAAGCUUCCUCCCAGAGAACGUUAAGUUUAAGACUUAUGAAGCGAAGUUAAGUGAAGUGUACAAAGAUGGAAAGAGAGCAGAUGGAAGAACCAGAGAUGAAAGCCGAAAAAUGUACAUAAAGCUCGGAGCUUUAGUUGAAGCUAGAGGAUCUUGUUAUCUUGAAAUAGGCGAUACUAAAGUUCUGUGUGGUGUAAGUGGUCCCAGGGAGAUUCCGUACCUUCAGGGUUAUACCGAACUUGGCUCUGUUGACUGUGUCGUAGAAUCAAAUCCUGCAUCACCAUCUGAUAAAGCCUACAGUGAUGCCUUGAAGAGAGCAUUAGAACCAUCUUUCUGCCGACAUGAAUUUCCUAAUUUGGAGAUUUCAGUAUCUGUAAUGAUUUUGGAUGCGAGUGGUUCGGCCCUGGCUGCUGCAAUAACUGCAGCAAGCCUUGCGCUAGCUCAUGCUAGAUUACCUAUUUUCGAUAUCCUAACUUCUGUCACAGUGGGAUUACAUGGGGAUUUAUUAUUUAUUGACCCAACAGACAAGGAAGAAGCCCUGUGCAUGUCUUAUGAAAAGAAUUCCGCUUCCCAGAAUCAUGGCCUUAUAACAUUAUCAUAUAUGAGUACUGCUGAUCAGAUUACUCAUUAUUAUCAGAAUGGUGAAAUGGACCUACAGCUUCUGCUGGAUACGAUGGAUAUUGGUAUCUCUCGAUGUAAAGAUAUUUAUGCUCUUUGCCAACAGCGUCUCAUGGAUGAGGUUAAAAUUUCGAUGAAAACUGUUACCGAUACUCAAAAUGUAGAAGAUUCAAUGAAGAAUCUGUCAACUUCUUAAUAAUUAUGUUUUAACUGUUUUUGUAAAUAAAUUUUUAGUAAAUAUUUUUUUAAAUGGUCUCAAUUAAUUUAUAAAAUAUACGGAUUGUGCAAUCCAUUAAAAACAUUUUAAUGUUAAAUUUUAAUUGAUAUAUUGAUAAAGAUGGAUAUUGAUAUAUAAUCAAGGUCAAUCAGAAUACAGAACACAAAUAGAGGUAAUAACAUCUCAUAUUUAUAUUAUAAUAAUUUGUAAAAAAAAUUCCUCCCGCAUGGUCUUAAUAAAACAGAAUAUGAAACAUUGAUUAUAUUAUUGGUUAGUUUUUGAAAAACUGUUUUUAGAGAAUCUAAAAUUUUAGUUUUAAUAGGUCUUUAUUAUUACUUCAAAUUUCUCUUCACCUUACAUAUUCAUCAGACCUAUCAUUAUUUAUUUUGUAUCUUAGGCCUUAUCAUUUUAAAAAAUAAAAUUAUGAAGUGUUGGAUAGCAGUGGUAUUAUCAAUAAUAACUCCUAUCAAUUUAUUUCUGCUCUUUGGACUAUUGUGGAUAAUAAAAGGUUUGUUAUCCGCAUAGAAAUGAGUAUGGCAGCCAAUUCAUUUAUUUAUAGUGUUUCAUCAAUUCAUCUUAUAUUCCUCCUUGAUUUAUAAAUAUUAAUCUAAAUAUGGACUUCUUCACAUGAUAUAAUUGGGUAUAAUCAUAACCUGCUAAGGACCUUCGUAACAUGAUAUGUUUAUAUUCAGCAAUAUAAUAUAAUAAAAAUAAAAUACCAUUAGAGAUUAGAAAGUUAUUGAUUUUUUAUCAUUUAUAUCAUUUAAUGCAAUUGUUUCGUCUAGAAGGAUAUACAAGAUUGUAGAGAUUUCAGAAAAAAUAUUUAAUUGUUCUGAGAUCAUAUACUCUCUGAAGUUGGCCGUAGCAUAAAUAGGAAGAAAAUGAGCAUCACUGUUUAUUUCUAAAUUCCUGGUUGCCAUUUAUAGGUGAAAUAUGAUGGGGUCCAAAGUCAGGUACUUUAUCAGACCAUGAGGAACCUCACCAUCAGUUUUAAACUUGACGUAACUGAUUUUUGCAUUAAUUUUUUUUCUAAAAUUCUUUUAAAAAUAUUUAGGCUCUGUUCAAAUAUAGGAGAUCAGUAUCCAGCGGAACAGACUCAAAAUAUAUGGCCUUGAAAGACUGCAAAUAAGUCACCAAGCAAUUUCAAUCACCUGGAGACUUAAGUAAUAGGGCGGUAGUAUUCAUUUUAAAAUGCCUAGUCCUUCGAGAAGCUGCUGGGUAAUUCUGUCAGAAAAAUUUGGUUUAAAAAAUAGAAUUUUUAUAGAAAGGGGAUGGGAAAAAUGUAUUUAUUCACUUGUGUGCUGUGUUACAUUUUUUUAUGCCAAGAUGAUCAACUCCCUUAAAGUUGAGAAAUGUCUAAAAGCAAACGUAAAGUCCGACCAGUUUGCUAUUCAAGCAUUAAAAUGAAGGGUCAACACGUUUAGUCAAUUCUUUCAGAUUUUUGGUUGUGAUCAUUUGUUGUGUUACUAGAUAUGUUUAGAUGUUAGAUUACUAGAUGUCUUUAUCUUCUUAUGGGAUAAAAUUAAAAAUUAUCAUAUAUGCGUAAUUAUAUCAUUCCAUGCACUGUGGUCCAAAAGUCUACAUGAAAAUCUGUGAGAAAUAUGAAAAAUUCAUUUGAUUUUGUUGCUACGAAAAUUGUACCCGUUUUUCUACCUUUCUUGAUUAGCACAUAAAUAUAUUUUUUGCCAUGAAAAAGUUUGUUAUCAAUUAAAUAAACUUGGUUAUUUACGAUAGUUUUAUUUUCACACUAGCUGCUUUAGAAUUUCAUUUUAUAAAGAAAAUACUCCAAGUUGAUAAUUUUUUUAUAUUUUCAGCUAUCUUCAUAGUAAAUUGUUAUUAGAAAUAGAAAAGCAGAAUUAUAAUAUAAAGUUAAUUGAAACAAAAAAAUAGUUUGUAAAAUGUUUAAAUUUUUUAUAAUAAUGUUCAGAGAGCACAUUCACACUCUAUGUAUAAUAAUUAUAAAAUAAAUUAAACAACAAAAUAUUAUAUAUAAACAAAAGUUAACAACUUAAAUACGAACAUUUAAAAAAAAAAUUUUUACAAAAUUCAUUCACUGUAUUAGAAAAAAAAUCACACCAUGUUUGAAGAAUCCUUUUGAGUUUUUGGUUGAAGUAAAUAAUUUGUGCUAAGGAAUAUCAUUACAAGGUUAAGGACAUGAUGUAAGUUGGUCACCAGAUACUAAAUGCAUGAGGCCACUUUUAUAGAAAUAUUGCUGUAGAAUUGCAUAUUUUUAAUUUAUAAUUACUAUACUUUUCAUGGUCCAGUUGACUGAAGAAUGACUCUCUUGAACUUUUUUCCUAGCCAUUUAUUAAUUUUGUGUAUCUGGGAAAUAUAAUAUUGUAUUUUUUUUAUCCUGUUACUGUAUUAGUUUGUGAAUAUAAACAUGAACUGCUUCUGCUUCAUUAUCAAAUAUAUUGAUAAGAUUUCCCUAAACUCUAUCCAGUAUUAAUAAUUUGCCUGGUAGAUAGUAGAUAGUAGUUCAAGAGUUUUAUGUUUUACUGAUAAAAGUUGUUAACUAUUUAUCAAAAAAAAAUGUUGUGAACUGUUCAUUCCCUCUUCCUAAAUACGUUGGUGAAUUCACCAAUUAAUGGAAUAUUUUGAAGUGUAUGCUGUAAGAUGGAUAAAAUUGGCUCCACAAAUUAAUCAUAAACUACCAAAAAAAGCCAUCUGUAUAGGAUUCAUGAUCACGAACUUAAUUUUAUUUGAUGAACUUAUAUUAAUUUUUCCUAAAACCUAACAUAAACAUUAGAUUUUAAUUGUGUUGUAUUAAUUGAGAGUAAUAAUUAAUUAAAAGUAUAGAAUUGCUGAUGUCAAUGUGAAAUUUGCAAGAUAAAUCAACAUGUGAUGAAUUCCACAAAAUAAAUUAACUUUUAAAAAAACAAUUUUUACUUUAAAAAAUCUUUGGAUAAUGUUUAAUUUUUUUGU